CGUGCGUUCCCGUGAGAUGCACGCGCAUCACGGGGUGCCGGGAGAACGGAGCGGAGUGGGCGGAGAUGAAAGACGGGGUCUCGUUACAGCCCACUUUAAAACCCUCCGCCACUUUCUGAUCGGACAGUCUGACUGGAGAGGAUUAGACCAGACCGUUUCAUCACCGGCUCUGGAGGAGAGAACAGCAGCGCGAGGAUCUUUCAGCUCUACGUUACAACGGCUCGGCAUCUCGGAGGAGCUGGGAAUCAUCGAGGGAAUCUCUGCUGAAAUCCGUGUUCAGUUUCUGGAAUAAAUCCUUAUCGUCCGAGUCAUGGAUCCGGCGUCGGCCGAGAUGAACGCGCUCCCUAACGGGAAAGGGCAUGAAGGAGGAAACGAGACGAUGGCCACGCCCACCUCGACCAAAAGCCAGUCAGACGACACGGCUCAGGAACUCGUUCCUAAUAAUACAGAAAAUUCCAGUUCCAGCAGAGCUUCAAGAGACCCUGAAGCCACCCUGGCCGAGAGCACGGACUUCCUUGCCAAUGGCGACGACAAGAAACCGCCUCGAUUCACCGACUUUGAAGGAAAGACUUCGUUUGGCAUGUCGGUCUUCAAUCUGGGAAACGCCAUCAUGGGCAGCGGAAUUCUGGGACUGGCUUACGCCAUGGCCAACACCGGCAUCGUCAUGUUUCUGUUCCUCCUGACGGCCGUGGCAGGUCUCUCAGCCUACUCCAUCCACCUGCUGCUCAAAGCCUCGGGCGUCGUCGGUAUCCGUGCAUACGAGCAGCUGGGUAUGCGAGCAUUCGGUACACCGGGCAAAAUGGCUGCCGGCAUCGCAAUCACACUGCAGAAUAUCGGAGCCAUGUCCAGCUAUUUGUAUAUAGUGAAGUAUGAAUUUCCUCUGGUCAUUCAGGCCUUUCUCAAGGUGGACUCACCAUCCGGUGAAUGGUAUCUGAAUGGUAAUUACCUGGUGGUGAUCGUCUCUGUCUGUAUCAUUCUACCUCUGGCUCUGAUGAAGCAGCUGGGCUAUCUGGGCUACACCAGUGGGUUCUCUCUCAGCUGCAUGGUCUUCUUCCUUAUCUCAGUGAUUUAUAAGAGGUUCCAGGUGCCGUGUCCCUUCAGUGAUUUCUCCACCUUCAAUCGAACCGUGGGCUUCAACAGCAGCGGCGUGGUGGUGCAGCACAGUGGAGUUACCGUGACUCCUGAGGAUGACCCGUCCUGCACACCUCGAAUGUUCAACCUCAACAUACAGACAGCCUACACCAUUCCCAUCCUGGCGUUUGCAUUCGUCUGCCAUCCGGAGGUGCUGCCCAUUUACACUGAACUGCGCAACCCCACUAAGAAAAAGAUGCAGCACGUGUCCAACAUCUCCAUUGCUGUCAUGUACAUCAUGUAUUUUCUGGCUGCACUGUUCGGAUAUCUGACCUUCUACGAUAAGGUGGAGGCUGAGCUGUUGCACACCUACAGCAGGAUCGACCCAUAUGACACACUGAUACUGUGUGUGCGUGUGGCUGUACUGACUGCCGUCACCCUCACUGUGCCCAUCGUACUGUUCCCCGUGAGGCGAGCCAUCCAACAGCUCUUCUUCCCCAAUAAGACGUUCUGGUGGCCGAGACACAUCGCCAUCGCCAUCCUUCUCCUCACAAUCAUCAACCUGCUUGUCAUCUUCGCCCCCAACAUCCUCGGCAUCUUCGGGAUCAUAGGUGCUACCUCUGCUCCAUGUCUCAUCUUCAUCUUCCCAGCCGUGUUCUACAUCCGCAUCGUACCCAAAGAGGAUGAGCCCACACGCUCAAUGCCCAAAAUCCUGGCUGCCUGUUUCGCUGGUAUUGGAUUCUUGUUCAUGAUAAUGAGUCUGAGCUUCAUCAUCAUUGACUGGACAUCGGGGAGCAGCAAAUCAAACAGUGGUCAUUAGGCCACGCCCACAUCAUCUGUUUUUUUUUUAACAGUUAUCCUGUGUGUGUGUGUGUGUGUGUGUGUGUGUGUGUGUGUGUGUGUGUGUGUGUGUGUGUGUGUGUGUCUGGAAAAAUAACCCUGGACGAUGAUGAUGAUGAUGAUGAUGAUGAUGAUGAUGAGUCAGUAAGUUAUAGCAGUGAUCUGGACCCACAAACUUCCUGCUAAAUAGUGUUCUUGCCCCAUCAGACUGGCCUUUAGCACAAAUGUAUAUUAAAUCAGUCCAGUUUCCUUGAUUUUUACCUGAUUGUGACCUCUGACCCUUUGACUACACAAAAAAAAACCUGGGGCUACCAAAGAAGGGUAGCUAUUCAGGUUAAUAAGGAUUACCCUGUUGGGUGGGGUAAAUGUUUAUGGAAGUUAUGUUUAUGGGGUAGAUGUUUACGGUGUUGGUGCCUGUUAUUUUUGACAACUUACUCUCUCUGUCUCUCUCUCUCUGUCUCUCUGUCUCUCUCUGUCUCUCUCUCUGUCUCUCUCUGUGUCUCUCUCUGUGUCUCUCUCUCUCUCUCAAUAUGGCAAUAAUCUCUUUAAUGUUUGGAGAGAGACGUUAUUGCCAUGACAACUCCAGGGUCACCAUCUCUCUCUCUCUCUCUCUCUCUCUCUCUCUCUCUCUCUCUCUCUCUCUCUCUCUCUCUCUCUCUCUCAACUCUCAACUCUCUCUCUAUAUAUAUAUCUUUCUCUCGGCCAGUGGCUGUAAUGUCUUGUCAAGCACAUGAACCUUGUGACACAAUAUGCAACCUGUAAGUAGGGUCAUUUUUAUAUGUAGGAUUUCCAUGUGGUUUGUCGUUUCUGUAUCAGAGUAUCUGCAUGAAUAUAGAGCUGUGAUAGUGAUGUGUUUGAUAUCUAACACAUGAGCACAUCCCUGAAGUUCAGUCCAUUUAGUUUAUGGAGAAAAGGCACAUUACUGAGAAAGAAACAUACAACUGAGAAAGAAAGAAAGAAAGAAAGAAAGAAAGAAAGAAAGAAAGAAAGAAAGAAAGAAAGAAAGAAAGAAAGAAAGAUCUGCUGUGGAGCACAAACAGAAUGCAAAGAUUUCUUUAUCCUCAGACAGAAAGUGAGGAGCUUUUACAGACAGGGCAGAUGAGAUGGAACAGGACCAUGUGUGAGGUGAAGGAUAGAGAGAGAGAGGGAGGGAGAGAGAGAGAGAGACGGAGAGAGGAGGCAUUAUUCAUCAUUCAGCUGGUGAUUCGUGUCGUCUGACAGCAGCAGCAGCUCUGAUCAUUGUGCAGCACGUCAUAGCCUUAUAGUACUAAUAUUGCCCUCGAUUUUACACACGCGUCAACGUUUCUAUAGCAACAUCUCGUUCACAGUGACUCGGACAAAGGUGUGUCGUCGCUGCUGUUGUUGUGAAGUGAAAACGUGUGGAAGGGGUCUCCAGUGUCAGCACUUUGUUACAGACAGAGCUGAAGCUGAUCGGUUUCCCACGUCUUCAGGACCGAGCAUGGUUUUUUAUUUGUAUUAUUAACUUUGAGCGAGAAAGAUUAGAGGGCAAAAAGGGCAAAAAGUAUGACAUUCUUUUAUAAAAGAAAAACUGAAGUUGGAAUGUUUCUGUGGUAUAAGAGAAAUAAAACACAUUUAUUAGGGAAAACUGAUCCACUUCAGGGUCAUAACAGUCACUCCGCUUCCUCAUUGGACUAAAACCGGAUUUAUUCAUUGUUAUAAUAUAACCACAAGAGGGCGCGUUUCAUUUCUGACGUAACGUGUAAGAGACGAUUCCUCUAAUCCGAUUCCUCUAAUCCGAUUCCUCUAAUCCGAUUCCUCUGAUCCGAUUCCUCUGUACAACUACAGACCACACAAGAGCGCUUUGUGUGUGUAUUGGGGCGGAGCAUAUGGAGAUGGGCGAGUUUCCGACAACAGACAGAGGCACGUGGGUUUAGAAUAAGUCGCAUACACUUAGGAACAUAAUCUGUAUUUAAUCUUUAACCUGUAUGUAACACAGAUGGAGUUUAACGAUACACCUGGUGGCGGUUUUACCUUCUAACCCUGGACUGAGUCUCGGGGAUCAAGUGUCUGGCCAAUGAGCCCCUGGGGGUAUUUAAGCUUUAGCACUUUCUGCUACAAAGUUUAGUGGCAUUAAAUCAUUAACCUUCCUAGUGACCAAGUACAUGCUUCAAAAGCCACUAUGAUAUAUUUUAUAAGAAGUUCUACAGUCUUUCUAAUGCUAAAUGUGUGUAAGGAGUGUGUGUGUGUGUGUGUGUGUGUGUGUGUGUGUGUGUGUGUGUGUGUGUGUGUGUUUAACCUGUUGGAUAUAUAAUCUAUAGACUCUAUAUCUAUGUGUGCCGAAAGUAAAGUGUAACCCUCAAUACGUAUGAGGUUUUUUUUUUGUGUGUGUGUGUGUAUGGUUGUAAUACUCCCUCCUAGUCGUUUUCGGUGAUUUGACAGGACAUUAGAUGGAUCAAAGUGUGUGUGUGUGUGUGUGGAUGUUUAACCUCUUGGAUAUAUAAACUAUAGACUCUAUAUCUAUAUGUGGCAUAGUCACACACUGCAAACGAAAGGAGAAAAUAAAUCUUGAAUAUGGACAGAUUCAUGGAAUAUUUCUUAUGAUCAGAUUAUAAAUAAAAACCCAAAAAGAUUAUUUUUAGACUUUAUUCUACUUCGAAUGUUCUUACUAUUCGAUUAUUUUGACUUUAAAUAUGUGAGUUAAAUAGACAGAAGCAAUAGAACAAGACAAUUUUACACUUGAAAUGAGUAAAAAAAAAGUUAAACGUCUGACCGUAUUCCAGUUAUUCUGUACUUUAUUUUGCAGUGUAAGAUUAUUAGUGAUGUAAUUUCCAGUACGAUGCGUUUUAUUUGGACAGUAGCACAGUUUAUAACCCUGGUGUAAGGUGGAGUACAGAGGGGAAAAAAGCACAGUCCAGUAGGUCAUGUGUGAAACACCAGCGUUCAGGAUGAUGACCUUCUAGGUGACGAUCUGAAACUCCUCCAAAAUUCAUGUGCCUGUAUAUUCAUGUUCCUCUCAUGAUCCUGAUGUUGUGGAUGUGUUGUGCGACAGUGGAGUAUCAUAUCACCCUCAGUACAUGCUCACUUUAUCAAAGUUUUAGUGAAGUUUUAUUAUGAUCUUGUGUGUUGAAAAAAAAUGAAGUGACUAAAAGUUUUUGUUUUCUAGCAGUGUAUUUGUUUAGUAAUUAUGUCUACUUAAUCUCUGUACUCUUGACUUGAAGUUUGUGUGUGUGUGUGUGUGUGUGUGUGUGUGUGUGUGUGUGUGUGUGUGUGUGUGUGUGUGUGUGUAUAUGUGUGUGUGUGAGUUCAUGACUGACAUGGUGGCAUUUAUAAAUGAUGGAAAUAAUUAGCCUAUAAACCCUUUAUAUCCCUCAGACACAUCUAGUUUGUACACUGUAAAUAGGCAAAGGUUUAGUCUGAUGAUUAAAACAAACUAUAAUCAUUUUUAAAAGUGAUUUUUUUUAAAGAAAGUAAUAAGAAAGCCAGUUAAAUGUCUAUUAUUUUUCUUUAUUCCUCAUAUACUGAGUACAUGGCUGGCAUUUAUUGUACCGUAUAAGGUCGAAAUGUUGAAAUAAAUAAGAAUAAAGAAUGAAAUCUG